AUGCAGCAAGAACUGAUCAACGACGACGGCCUGUGCCGGGCUUCAAUCCGCACCGAGGAGGAGAUCGCGGCCAUCCGCGCCGAGCUUGCGGAGGAGGCACCCAAGUUGCACGCCACGCUGCGGUGGCUCGAGGCCGCCAAGGAUCCAACACGAUUCAAGAUCGUCCACCUACUGCGUCGGCACGAGCGCCUGUGCGUCUGCGAUCUCGCGAACGUUUUGGGGAUCACCAGCUCGGCGGUCUCCCAGCACCUGCGGAAGCUCAAGGACAUGGAUCUAGUCUCGACCGCUCGCGUCAAGCAAACGAUCUUCUACGCCCUCCGCGACCCGGAUUUCAUCGCCUUUCUCGGUCGCCUCAGCGGCGACGAGGGUGAUCUCGACCGCGUUGUUGUAGCCGGCGCGGCCUGA